UGUUCAGUCUAUGGUGAAUGGUGAUAUUCUGAUAUUCAUAAAUUAAUAAAUCCAUAGGCCUUGUUCACGAAUAAGUCAUAUUAAUUUAUAUAUUUUAUAUAUUUUACUAACGAAUCACCAUAGACUUUAAGACUUAUGAUAUUACCUUGUGAAUUCAAUUGAUUUUUAAAUUUUAUGAUACCUAAUAUUAAUGAUCAAAUUAUAUAAAUUAUUUACUUUAAUAAUUUUUAAACGUUUUUAUAUAAAAAUUAAUUAAUUUACAAGGAUUAUUCAUCUGCUUAUUGAAUAAUUAUAUUUUUGUGUCUGAUAAGUGAUAGUUGGUUAGGAUGACACGACAUGCUAGGAACUGUACAGCAGGAGCUGUUUACACAUAUCACGAGAAACAAAAAGACGCUUCUCAAUCUGGUUACGGAACUCAAAAUGAGCGUGUCGGCAAAGAUUCCAUUAAGAGCUUUGACUGUUGUUCAAUGACAUUACAACCCUGCAGAACUCCGAUUGUUUCCCCUGAAGGUCAUCUAUUUGAUAAAGAAGCUUUAUUGCAAUACAUGAUUACCAAAAAAAAUGAGUACAGUCGAAAACUGAAGGAGUACGAAAAACAGAAACACAAGGAAGAGGAAGAACUAGCUGAACUAGGUAGAGCUGAACAGCAAUCCAAAGUCAAUGAUUUUCUUAAAAGAGAAAGUAUGGUGAAAAGACAAAAUGAUAUUUAUAAAAUGAAAUCUCAGAAACGAUCAGAAAAAAAUGCAUCUUCUAUUUCAAACAUGGCUAAUGGUCUGGAUAAGCAGCUGCCAAGCUUUUGGGUACCAUCGGAAACACCUGAUGCUAAUAAAGCACCUAUGCAAAAACCAGAUAAGACUAUUUAUUGUCCUAUGAGUGGCAGACCAUUGAAGUUAAAAAACUUUGUGGACGUUAAGUGGACACUAGUAAACGACCCAAGUGAUAAAAAAUCUUUGGCAAUUCGUGAAAAUCGUUACAUGUGUGCAGUGACUCAUGACAUAUUAAGUAAUGCUGUACCUGCAGCCGUUAUUCGUACAACUGGUCAUGUGAUUACAAUGGAAUGUUUUGAAAAGCUAAUUAAAAAAGAUUGGUUACAUCCUUUGAAUGGAGAUAAAUUAACAGAAAAAGAUAUCAUACCUUUACAAAGGGGUGGAACUGGAUAUGCAACAACAAAUGUGAAUUUGCAAGGAAAAAAUGCAAGACCAGUUCUACAAGCAUAAAGACUAUGGGUAUUAAAUAUUUACAAUUUUAAAUAAUACUAUUAGUAUACUAUCUAUAUUUAAACAAUUUAUGUAAUCAUUUGAACACAAAUAAAUGCCGAAAUAUUACGUCUUUAUUUAUA